GGACGUUUGUUCACGUACUUAAUCCUCUGGGACCUGACGAUUUGCUUGGUGUUCAAGCCACCUUCCGAGUUGAUAACCCGCGUGAGCGAUCAGGACGCUCGGGAGGAACUACUUUUUUUUUACCAACUAAGGAGCCUGCAAUUUGAUUGGCCGACAUGGAUGCAGAGGAGCAAAUAGCUCAAGGGUUGCUGGCUCCUUCCCAGGACUUUUUGGCGUCUGUGAAAGUGUUCCCGCUUAUUCCUUACUUGAAGAAAGAUGUAAUCGUGAAUAGUCCGCUUAGCUGGGAGCAACUCACGGCCUCGGACAUCAAUUUCGCCAUAGUGCGCCCCUUGGUCCUGAAGUAUGCGAGGCUCAGGAACAUGGCUAUAGUGUACGCGUGCAUGGUUACUCGCUCAUACUUUUUAGCGCAGUCAGGCUCAGACUUGGCUCACUCCGGGGUGAUGUUUUCGCGCGCCACCCUGUGUGAGAUCAUGGCAUUGAAGCUUCUGAGCCACUUUGCGUCGAGCAAGAUUCAGUUGGUAGUUGUUUUGACGACACUCUGGUGUCCAUUAACAGGGGCACCAGACGAUGUGAUCGAGGAGGUAAAAGACGCUAUCGGUGGGGAAGACGAGUAUGUCAAUGACCCUCAGUGCGCCAUUGAGAUGGCAAUCGCCACGAAGGCAAAGAUCUUCCUGGCUUCCCCGCUUGUUCAGAGCGUUGUGAAUGAUAUGUACAAUGGGCGCAUCGUGGUUUCCAUCGCUGGCAACAGAUCGAUGGUGGCAGAUAAUUACAAGCAAAAGGCGGUCAUGUUGUACGACCCACGUACGGCGCCCGUACUUGAUCAUUACAGAUUGAGAGUUCCACGAUAUUCUGCAAUCUUGCACUUCGUCAACAUUGCUGUUCUUCUGAUGAUUUUCCUUGCAUGUUUAUGGACGCAGGAUGUCUCCCAUGUGACCCUGUGGGAGUCUGUAUUCUUGGGUUUUGCAGUUUCCUUUACACUACAAGAAUACACGGCUUCUAAGGAGUACGGGUGGACUACAAAGGUGUCUCAGCUCGCUUUUGACCUGCUGGCUUGUGGCUGUUGCGUUCUUGUCCCUCGGCUAGCUUUCUAUGCAAUAUCCAACAACGUUGUUGUUUUGGCAUUGCGCGCAAUGAUAGCUGAAUUUAUUUUCUUCAUCGCCAUAGCGGCGGUUUGUUUCUCCGGUAUUCUGCUGACCCUGUAUACCUUGGCUUCGGGUAAAUGGACGAUCCGCCGUAUUGCUUGGUUGAUGGUUCAGAUCUGGUUCGGCAACACAUACCUCAGUUUUGGUCAAGCAACCAGCUUCCACCCGGUAUUCGGUCCCAUUUUAAUGACAUGCUUCGCGGCGCUGUCAGGCACCCUUCUCUUGACUAGUGCGUGCUCACUAUUAAUCAUGACAGGUUCUCAUCUGUAUUUUUUUCUUUUCCAAUGCUCUAUAUCGACCAUCCAGGGCGUAAAAUCAGAUGCUCUAUUCAGCUACCAGCCUCCUUUCAAUGUUCUCGCCUUCAUCAUACUCAAACCUGCAAGUUACAUCCUUUCGCCUCGCUCUUUGCACUCUGCGAACGUGUUCCUAAUCAGACUUACAUCAUUCCCUGUUUUGAUCGCUAUCGCCAUCUAUGAACGUCACGUAGCUUCUGAACAGCGGCUGCGUGAGUCUGGCAAGGGUGCUGCCCACAGUCUGUAUCACAGCAUCCCAAGGCACAUCAAGAAUAUGCCUUUUGUCGAUUAUUUUGUUGGCUCAAAAUCAGCAGAUCUGUACGAGGCGAUUUUCGAGGUAGAGGAUUCCAGGGAUUUUGGUCUUUUUGAUGACUCGGAGGAGGACGAGUCCAAAAUGAAGACCGGGUCAUCAUCCGUAUCUGCACUACGGCGUCGCAACAGUCUCAUCUCACUUUCAAAGAAGUCACAAUCACAACCUCCCAGGACUCGAAAGGUCAGCGCAUUGCCCCCGUUAUCAGAGCCAUCAAGCACGGGAAAGAUCCUGCACCUGAAUACGUCCACUCAAAUCACAAGGCUAUACUCGCAACGUUUAAACCUCCCGUUAUCUGCUCCACCGGCAUCUGAGAUCGCGGAUGUGGAUAGGUUGGACUCCUCCAUCAAACGAAUUGAAGUACUGUUAGAAGACUGUCGUGAUUUACCGGUCCGGAAACUGAAGGACGAGAUGAAAGAGCUCCAAGACCGUCAGGCUCGUAUCGAGAAUAUCCUGUUGGCAUUGACGCGCGGAAUGCGACAUGAGACGGAAGUUUUACGACAAAACACUACAUAAUCAAUCUGAACACAAGGAGCGUUACUACUCUGCCUAACAUCCUAUAUGUUCGAUAUUAAUAACUGUCUGCAAUCAUUCCAUACAACGCGUGAUAGCAUUGGAAACUCAAAUGGCUAGAAGAGUGAGAAGCAGGGUAGUAGAUGUUUGGUUGCAGAACAUGAGUUGCGCAUUCAUGCAUUUACAAGACGGUCACACGGAAGGUAGAAGCAGGACCAUAUUGAUGGUUAUUUCGAAGGGGAUCGCAAUAGAUCGCAAUCGCGAAGAUUCAUUGAAUCUGAUCAAGGGGC